AUGCGGCUGUCCCAGUUACAUCGGCCCGCCGUCGCCGCAGCUUCGACCGGCGCAGCGAGGCCCGCCGCCCCGCGCCUGCUGCAGGAUGCCUUCGCCGCCCUGAGGAUACGGGGUGCCGCCCCGGCCAACACCACAGCCAACGUCAACGUCGAGGGCAGGAGGUAUGCCUCGGUCAAGAGUCAGGGAAUGUACCGGUUGCGCGACUCGGCCACCAUCCCCAAGAAGAUGGGAGCCAAGAAGACUGGUGACUCGUUCGUGAUCCCCGGCAACAUCAUCUACAAGCAGCGCGGCACCAUCUGGUUCCCCGGCGAGAACGUCGGCAUGGGCCGCGACCACACCCUCUUCGCCAAGGUCCAGGGCUACGUCAAGUACUACAAGGACCCGCUGCGCCACCCGGGCCGCCAGUACAUCGGCGUCGUCUUCGACAAGAACGACACCCUGCCCACGCCGCCCCACGCCAUGCGCCGCCGCAAGCUGGGCAUGACGGCCACCGAGGUCAAGGCCGCGCCCGCCCUGCCCGAGCUCAGCCCCUCGGGCAUCCCCAACCAGGUCGUGCGCGAGGGCUUCGGCCGCGCCCCGCACCCGCGCGACCAGCGCGUCUACAAGCUGCAGCAGGACGGCUCCUACAGCUACCGAGAGGAGAACUGGCGCCUGGGCUCCCUCAUCCGCACCGAGAAGCGCAAGAUGGGCUCCCGCCGCGUCGCCAUGCGCCACCGCCGCCGCAAGUCCAAGGCCAUCCUCCUCGAGAUGCGUCGCGACCGCGAGGACAAGAUCGCCCGCCGCAAGGAGGCCCUCGACGAGCAGCGCGCCGCCCGCCAGAAGCGCAUCCGCGAGUACCUCGCCCGCCAGAAGGCCUCCAAGACAGCGGACGGCUCCGUGGGGUCACCGAAGCAGUCGCCGCCGACGGUCCAGGCGUAG